ACAUUCAAAUCUAAAAAUGUCUUGAUUCGACCGCUUCCGAAAAACUUCACGGAUUGUCAAUGUGACGCACCAAUCAUCUCGCGACGGUUUGACCUUCAAGUGCUCGCAACCUCCGUCAGUGGACAAAAGCUCUGAAGCGUUGGGUCGUCGUUGAGUCUGUACUACAUAUUACGUCGUGACGUUCGAAAAUGUUACUUCAAGUUUUAAUUAAAGGUGCUCUGCGAUACAACCGAUCUCCUGUCUCAAACUUAUGUCGUCAUUAUGCAGCUCAUGUACAGCGUCCGGCUCCUGACUUUUGUGGAACGGCAGUGGUGGAUGGCCAAUUUAAAGAAAUAAAACUGAGAGAUUAUGCUGGCAAAUACUUAGUUCUCUUUUUCUAUCCUCUGGAUUUUACUUUUGUGUGUCCAACUGAGUUAACUGCAUUUUCUGAUCGAAUUGAUGAGUUCAAAAAUGAAGGAGUUGAAGUCGUUGGCGUUUCAACUGAUUCACAUUUCAGUCAUCUCGCUUGGAUAAAUACUCCACGUAAAGAAGGUGGUUUAGGCUGUCUACGCUAUCCACUCUUGGCAGACUAUCAAAAACAAAUUACGCGUGAUUAUGGGGUCCUUCAAGAAGAGUUAGGUGUUGCCCUUCGCGGCUUAUUUAUAAUUAAUCCUGAUGGUAUAGUUCGCCAGAUUACUAUUAACGAUCUUCCUGUUGGAAGAUCUGUUGACGAAGUUUUGAGAUUGGUUAGAGCCUUCCAGUUUACAGAUAAACAUGGUGAAGUUUGCCCAGCAGGUUGGCAACCAAAAGGUCCAACAAUAAAGCCAGAUCUGAAAAAGUACAAGGAGUAUUUUCAUAAGGUUAAUUAAAUGUAUCAUUGUUCCCUGUGAAGUCAAAUUUAAACCUGAUACAGACAUGUAUUAAUACACGUUGGUUCAUAUUCAGAAUAUUAUACAUAGUACACUGGUAUUCAUUAUGUAGCAACAGUGUUUAUGAACUCAUUUUCUGUUUUCUGUAAUUUUCUUGAUUAUAUCAAAUACAAAUAUUAAGAAGCACCA